AUGGCCGGAGGAGACAACCUGAAGCUGGUCGGCAUGUGGGCGAGCCCACACGUCCUGCGAGUGCGGCUCGCUCUCCGCCUCAAGGGCCUGAGCUACGAGUUCGUGGAGAUGGAGGGGGAUCAAGGCCUCAAGAACAACAAGGGCGAGCAGCUGCUCCUUAACAGUAAGCUGCCGGUGCUGAUCCACGGCGGCAAGCCUGUCCGUGGUUCGUCCUUGAGCAUGAUACAGUACAUCGACGAGGCCUUCGCUGGCGUUGGCCCCUCCCUCCUCCCCGACGACCCCUCUGAGCGUGCAAUGGCUCGCUACUGGGCUGACUUUAUCAAUGACACGCUCGUGAAGGCGAUGCACAAGGCAGCAUGGGGCGAAACAGACGGGGAAAAGGCAAAGGGGAAGAACCAGGUGGCCUCCGCUGUGGAGACCCUAGAGGGCGCUCUGAGAGAGUGCUCCAAGCCCUUCUUUGGAGGCAACAUUGUCGGGUAUGUGGAUGUUGUGCUCGGUGGCCUUCUUGCAUGGGUGCGCACGACCAACGCAAUGCAAAGUGUUAAGACCUUCAACGACCCUGCCAUCACACCGCUCCUCGCCAUGUGGGCAGACCGUUUUGAUGCACUGAAAGCAGUCCAAGUGGUCAUGCCAGACGUGAGAAUGCUGGUCGAUUUUGCCAUGCCCAUGAUGUCGGCUCGCCGCUCUGGUGUCUGGUCGAUGGGGCCUCGUCGUUUACCUAUAUGUUUUUGCGGUUCUUCUGCAAAUGGUGGCGUCCUAUCUCACUUGGUUGGGUCGAGCCGAGGGUAA